AUGAGAAUUAGGUACGGUGUUUUGCUGACAGACACACGUGGUGCGGCGUGGAAGGUGGGAGAGAACGACACAGUUAAUGGUCGUCUCACCUCGGAGAACCAGUUGUGUUGUGGAACCAGGUCAACGCUGUGUUCGAGAUUCUACAAGUUUCACCCGUCCGAUACCUGUGACAAGUACCACGCAGUGCAGACAGUACUGUUCUGGGGAAAUCCUCACAAGGAGCUGGCCGAUGAUACGUUUUAUAUCUUCAACGGGCUAGGAGAAUACCACAUGAUCAAGGACCUCAAUAAUCACGGUAUUUCUGUACAAGGCAGAACUACACAAAUACCAGGUGUAAACAUCACAAGAUUCACGGCGUUUGCAUUCAUGGUCGGGUUGCAUCGAAUUGAAAUUCACCUGAAGAUGCCAACUGAUAUCAGGGUUUAUCUUAACAGUUCUCAACUUUACCUUGGAAAUUCAUCAGCAGAGUGGAGUUUUCAUACCAUUAACCAACAGCUUAGUUUAGUAUUCAAAGAUGGUGUAACUAUUCAGGUGUCAGGGAGAUACCAGUUACUGCUGUCAGUCACCGUACCGACUACAUUUGGAAAUGUUUUGCACGAUAACGGACUUACAGAUGUUUACUCACAAACAAACAAGACAGAGCUCUUACUUGAAGAAGAAACAUGGAGGCUUAAACAGAACACAUCAUCAAUCUUCGACUAUUCUCUCACAAAUAAUUUGAAUUUUGAUGCCUUACAAGACCGAGCGUUUACCCCAAAACACUUCACAAACUUGACCCAGUUCUUAGAGGUUUUAUUUAACAACAAUCAGUCGGUGAUAACGCAGGCCAAGUCAGCGUGUGACAAAAACACUGCUUGUUUCGUCAGAUACAAAUUGUCAGGGAAUACGUCACAGUCAACUUCACUGAAGGACGAACAGACAAAACAAGAAGAUGUUGUUAGCAAGAGGAAAAACUCGUCACCCCCAGAGUUUGUUAACAUGGAAAAAACCUGGAGAUACGACCUUGACUCCAUGCCGAUUCCAAAACUACUCAAUGUAUCAAGCCAGCUGGUGACCUCUAGUGACCUUGAGAUAACAGUAGAAUCAUCUCUGCAGAAUUACUCUUUCAACUCAUCUACAAGACAGUUUACGUGGAACCUAACCAGGCAAUUGAGGGAUGUUUCCAAUGGUUCGCCGAGCCCGCUGACGUUUGUGGUGAGAGACACAAAACACAACCUGACUGGCCGAUACACUCCCAACAUCGUCUUCUGCGGGUGUGACAAGUCUAGUCAGUGCAUGUACAAAUCGGCGGAGAACAUGACGAAAAUGUCAAAAGGAAUAUUUUACCAGGUUGAGUGUAACUGUUACGGAUCAACCACAGGGAGGUUCUGCGAGGUUGUGGGUGACGUGUGUAAGAUGCAGUGUUACCUUGGCAGCACGUGCAACGCAUCAUCUUCAGAUCAUCCAUGUCUUGCAUGUCCCGCUGGUCUCCAAGGAGACGGCAUUAAAUGUUAUGAUGAGGACGAGUGUCUGCAUGGUACGGCUCGGUGUGACCAGACCUGUGAGAACACAGUUGGAGGAUUCGUCUGCAAGUGCAUGGACGGCUACAAUCUUAUCAACAAGACGCAUUGUGCUGAUAUCAAUGAAUGUGACACAAAGUCCAGCUGUCCGUGUAUGGCAAAUAAUAAAGAUAAUAAAUACUGCAUCAACACCGCUGGCAGUUGUCGGUGCGGGUGUCGCGCCGGAUUCAAGGGAGAUAACUGUACUAUUGCCGUGUCUCAUGUUUAUGGCGGGAAGCUGGUGUUCGGCCAAGUGGAGGGCAGCCAUCAAGUGUGGAGCAGUGACCUGGAGAAUAAAAACUCUCAGACAUUCAAACGCUUGGCAACUCUAGUUGGAAAUGCAAUCAGAAGUGUGUUUGAGAAGAAUCCACAUUUCAUCUUGGUGACAGUUACUAAAUUUGAAUUGAUAUCUUUAAGCAGAUCACGUCGUAAACGAGCGGUACGCCCAGAAGAUUAUAUAGCUGGGACAUACGAGCUUGCUUUCAACACAUCGGUUUCCAGUGAUGUGUUGAACAACACGUUUCAGGAUGGAUUCGAUAGUAGUUGUAAACCUGAUGGGAAGUCGUGUGUAUUCGGGGAAAAUAAAAAUAAUGUCAUCGCUGUUUACAGGAUGCAGUCUGAUGUCAGAGAUACAUACGACCGGUGUGCGAGUGACGACAACAAUGACUGCAAUGACGCAUCCACUCAGUGUCGCUCUUACAAUGGAACGUUUUCCUGCGAGUGUCGGGCAGGUUACAGGCCGUGGACACAACGUAAACAUGUCUGUGAAGAUAUUGAUGAAUGUGUUGAAUACGCUGACAAAACUCUAUCUGUAGCUGAUAAUCUUGUAAAACUGUGUGGUAAGGCGGGCACAAGAUGUGUCAAUGUUCCUGGGAACUACACGUGUUCAUGUGAUAAAGAUUACCAGUGGAUGGGACCUAGUGACAAGUGCCAAUUAGCUAAUGUCUGUGGGGUGAAAAAGCCCUGUAAGAACGGAGCAACAUGUUUGAACAUUGCUGAUGCUAAUGGAUAUGCUUGCAAAUGUGCCUUUGGUUGGACUGGUCAAGACUGUAACACAGAACACGAAGAGGCAAAGAAACUGAAUACCACAAUAAUAGCCGUGUCUGCGAGUCUGGGAGGAUUUGCCUUCAUCCUCAUCAUAAUUCUCCUCUGCUGCUGGUGCAGAAGAAACACUGACAAAGACGAUGGAAGUACGGCAGAUUUCCAGAUCACGACUCACAGUGAACCAAACAUCAUCCAGUUCCAUUCGGACGAGUUUAAACGCAGCUCCAAGAUUCCACGCCCAUCUGUUCGCUUGCACGCGGAACCAGAGUCCAACUUAGAAAUGGUAGAGCACGGUAGUAAAGCUAAUUUGUUACUAAUUGAUGAAGAACACAAACGGAAGGAAAGACAGAACUCGUAUGACAAAGUGACAGUGUUUGAUCACAAGACUUUGUCUGAUCACUAUGACAACCCAGCAUACAUGAGUGAUGAGAAUUCAGACACGAGAGAUUUAAAUCAUUCUCACUAAUUAAUAUCGUGUUAGUGCAGGGUUAAAGCUAACAUACAUGUAUUGUACUAAUUAACAUAGACGUAAGGGCUCUUAUUUUUGUAGGAGGCAAGUUGGCUUUUAGCCGAAUUAAACGAAGCUGCCCAAAUUUGGAUUUAUUCAUAUUAUCAUCACUACCAAACAGCUAUAUAGGGCUGCAAUCGAAUCACUAGACAUUUGUACAUGAAUUAUAACUAAUGUUGAGGAUAGAAUGAUUGAAGUAAUUAAAUCUCUGUUACAUUCAUUACAACAUAACGUCAUCCCAUUGGUCCAGACGUAACAACGGGAGUUUGUUCAUUGCUCGAUGAACAUAUAUAUUAUGUCGUCAGGGAACGUCAUAUCUGAUGACGUCAUUUUAUAUGGGCAAGUUGUCUUAUUGAGCUUUAUUGUUUAUGGACGAAACAUAAUUCAAAAUGAAGUAUGAACUGUUAGUAUUAUUAUUGACAAGUAUGAUUCAAAUUUAAUUAAAAGUAUUGUGUUAUUUCUUUUUACGUUCAUAUGGGUAUGAACAAAACAAAUCAUCUGCAAACGUAUGUGAGAACGGCUUCGCCGAUUCACACAGGUUGCGGGUGAUAUAUGUUUUAUUCAUAUCCCGAUGAACGUAAAAGAAAUAACAGACAAUUGUUAAAUUCAUGGUAAAAAGGUACCAGGUUAGCACAUUUUGCCAGAAAAUCUGUAUCAUGUUUGCCCGAAUUUGAGGUUUUGCCCCAGCACUAAGGGGGCAGUAAAAGAAGAUAGAUAGAAAAAAAAAGAGUGCAUGGAAGGGUAAAACACAUUGAAAGAAGGCAGUAUUGUGAAAAACAAUUAAGAAGGUUUGCUUUGGACGAACUCUAUUUCCAGAUAACCUAAAUUUCUGCUUUUUCUCAGUUGGUAAAAAGUGGUAUUGUUAAGUUUCAUUCAACAAAAAGGCUAUGAAAAGUUUCGUAGCUACAAUUUUAAAAAAUAAUAUAUUUUUUGAUAUCAAAGUUAGUUUUUAACAUAUUUUUAACGCUAUUUAUAUUUAAACAUUUUUUUCUGUAUUUUCAUACUGUAGAUAUAAUACUUGAUAUUUAUAGUUAACCAAUUUAUAAAGCUACUGUUUUUGUUAUACCAAAUAUGACGAUAUCUUUGCUGAAAAUGAUUUCGUUUCCUGUUUUACAUAAAAUCCAUGAUUUUACUUCUUUCCAUAAAUUAUGAACUUUGUCACACUUAAAAAAUAAAUGUAUUAGUGUUUCUGGAUAAUUGCUACAAAAGCUACAAGCAUUAGAAUCAAUAUAAUGAAUCAUAUGUAAGAAUGUGUUAGUCGCCAGGAUUCUGUGCAGAAUUCUAUAUUGAAACCAUGCUAAGGAUGUAUCUUUCACGCUAUGGAAAGGGAGAGUAUAACACAUUUCCCAUUCCUGUAUAUUAUAUAUAAACCCCUCAUUUGCAUACUUUAUUUGUGCUUUUGGUAUUAUUAUUCUAGUAUUUAGUAUAUCGUAUAUAUGUUUGCAGCCACUUUUGUCAUUUAACAACAUGCUUAGUUUAAAUGGGGAAAUGGGAUUUUUUAAUGAUGUAAAAAUAUCAUCCGUUAAGUUGUUUAAGUUAUGUAUAAAGGAUUUAGUAGCAUUUAUUAAUGAAGCAAAAAAUUCGUAGUUAUGUGAUAUUUUGCUAUGAAAUCUUCGUAAUUUAGGAAGUCUCCUUGUUCAUUCAAUAGAUCACCUAUAAAUAUAAUACCAGUUUUAAGAUAUUUUUUUUAUAUAAAAAUGGUUUUUUUCAUCUAUACAUAUUUUACUGUUGUACCAAAUAUUAAUACCCAAAAUGUCAUCUAUAUUACGUGGUUGUUGUUUUUGUUGUAUCUGUAACCAGCUGUGUAAUGUAUCUCUCCAAAAUUUAUUUAGUAUUCGUUCAAGUUUAAAAGUAAUGAAACAGUCGCCAUGUAUAAUUAAAUCGAGUAUAGAUAUACCUGUAAUAGAUUUAAAGAGAUUAGUCCACUUUGGGUUAUUAAUAAUCAUUUGUCGAAUCCAUGCAUUUUUAAGUGCUAUAAUGUAAUUAGUUACGUUUAUCAUUUUAAUUCCGGCAUCCUUAUAGUUUAAAUUUAAAGAAUAGUGUAUUUAAAUAUUUGAUUAGUGGUUCACUUGGGUUAGGUAAAGCUAUAAAUAGGUGUAUUAUUUUAGGAAUUAUUAAACUUUUUAGAACAGUUAUCCUUCCUACAACAGUAAGCUUUCUAACUGACCAUAUUUUGGUUAACUUUUCCAUUUCUAUUAUUUUCGAUUUAUAGUUUAGUUCAAUAAUUCUUUCUAAAUUUACUGAAAAGUUAAUACCCAAUAAAGUAAACUGAUCUGAGCCCCAUUCUAGUUUCCAUCUGGUAUGGUGAAAUAGUUCCUUUGAAUAUUUCUUACUUCCUAUCCCAAUAGCUUUUGAUUUAGAAUAAUUUAUUUUGAGGCCAGAUACUUCUGCAUAAUAGUCUAAAAUUGACAGUGUAUUAUGUAGAGAUUCUGGAGAGCCAUCAAGAAUAAAACUAGUAUCAUCUGCAUAUUGUGAUAUUAAAUAUUCCUCUCCAUCUAGUGAUACCUUUAAUAUUAGGUGAAUUUCUAACUAUGAUGCCGAGGAUUUUAAAACAUAAAAUAAAUAUAUAAGGAGAUAAGGGAUCGCCUUGCCUACAGCCUCUUUCUAAUUUAAAUGAUUCGGAGAGAAAUCCAUUUUGUAUUGAUCGGGAAUUAUUAUACAGUGUUUUAAUCCAGUUUUUAAUUGACGUUUUAAAGUUAAAAAUAUCAAGUGUUUUAUGUAUAAAAGACCAGAAUAUCGAAUCAAAAGCUUUUUUCAAAAUCAGUUAAUAGUAGUAGUCCCGGAAUGUCAUUCAUUUCGGUGUAAAACAUGAUAUCGUAUAUUAAUCUUGUAUUUUCGCCUAUGUAUCUACCCUUUAUAAACCCAGUUUGAUCUUUUUUAAUUAUUUUAUCAAGAACCAAACCCGUUUAAUUCUAUUUGCAAUACAGCCAGAGGCCAUUUUAUAAGUACAAUUUAGAAGAGUUAUAGGCCGCCAAUUUAAAAAAAAUUCUCUAGGUUUAUUUGGUUUAGGAAUACAUGUUAUAAUACCUAACUUUUGUACGUUAGACAUUUCUUUAAUACUGUAACUAUAAUUAAUAGACCGAACUAUAAUCUGUCCAAUAUCACUCCAGGAAAAUAAAAACAAUUCAGCUGUAAACCCAUCCAAACCGUUAAAACUUCUAAAUAUGUUAUUUCACACUCUAGCUCCUCUGCUUCCAUGUCUGUCAAGAUAUUAAAUUUAAAUUGAGACAUCAUUUCUGUGGUGUCUUUAUUAUUUUUUGCAGAUGAUGCGGAGUAUAAAUUUUGAUAAAAGGUUUUUGUUUCUUUUAGAAUCUCAUCUUGAUCAUUAAUUUCUGUUCCAUUUUCUAACUGUAAUUUUGAUAUCAGUUUACUGUAAUAAUUUCUAGAUUCUAAAUUACAAAAAUAUUUUGAUGGUUUUUCACCUUCUUCGAUCCAUUUAAGAUCUUGAUCUUAUAUAAUAACCUUUAAGGUUUUCUUGUCUCAGUUCUAAUAAUUCUCUUUUUUUACUUUCAAUAGUAUCUAAGUCGAACAUAUUCUCAUCUUCUUCUAGUGCUUUGAUUUCGUCACAUAUUUUUUGUUCUAAUUCAUUAUGUUUUUUCUUUUUGUAAGCAGAAAAAGCUAAUGUUUUACCCCUUAUUUCCAUAAGUAAUGUUUCUAAAAAAGUUGACUAUUUAUUACAAAUUGUAUUUCAUCGUUUGGAACCAUAUUUAGAUUUUUGAAAUCAUAUACUGGUAUAGCAUACUGACAUUUUACUUUAAUAAUUAUUUCUUUUACGACAUUUACAUAAUCCCUGUCCGUUAAUAAUGUAUUAUUAAAUUUCUAAAGUCCUCUGCCUUUCUUUAUUGGAUUGAAAGUUAACAAUAGAACUACUCCUGAAUGGUCUGAUCUAUAACUAUUUUCAAUUAAAACAUUUUCAACAAAAGACAUUAGGUUAUUGAAUAACAAGAAAUAGUCUAACCGAGCUCGUUUAACUGGGUUUGUUUUCCUCCAAGUAUAUCUUUUUAAAUGAGGGUGUACUUCUCUAAAUGGAUCCUUAAGAUCAAGUAUGUCUACAUAUUCCAAAAGCUUUUUCUGUGAUUUUGGAUGGCUGACGUUUGGUUUAAUACUAGAUUAAAAUCUCUACAUAAUAUAUAACUUUCGUUUUCGAAAUCUUCAAUAUACACAUACACACAUACACACUCACAUACACACUCAUAAACACACACACACACCACUCACACACACACACAGAGCGAGAGAGAGAUACACACAAACACAAACACACACUUUGACUAUUACUUGGAUUUACUAAUCGUUGCCUGGUCUAACAUUUCACAUUGGUGUAGUAUCAUGUUGACAUGUUGUAAAUAAAGCAUCUUGUUAUACUUGUGUAUUUCUAAUUCAACAUUUGUUUAUUACCAUACUGAACUUUCGUAAAUAAACCAUUUUGUUGACCGCA